CUGUAGAUCUACUCUUCAAAACACAUUUCAGGGUUUGGAUCUAAAAUUUUGAAAUGUUUGGCCAAGGCAGAGGUUACCAGUGGCCCCCAGGCUGUCCUCCUCCGCCGGGCCCAGGACCAUGUCCCCCACCACCUGGCCCACCAUGUCAGCCCUACCCUCCUCCACGUGGUCCACCUGUAUGCCCAGGGCCAGGGCCAGGACCACGUCCCCCGCCACCUGGCCCACUAUGGCCAGGACCACGUCCUCCAUCCCCUGGCCCACCAUGCCAGCCCUAUCCUCCUCCAUGUGGUCCACCUGCAUGCCCUCCUGUAUACCCACCUUAUGAAGGGCCAGGGCCAGUAGUACAUCCUCCAUCCCCUGGCCCACCCUACCCUCCUCCAUGUGGUCCACCGUUAUGCCCUCCUGUAAACCCACCUUGUGGAGGGCCAGGGCCAGUAGUAUGUCCUCCAUCCCCUGGUCAUGGUCAUGGUCAUGGCCAUGGUCAUGGGCAUCACGGCCAUGGUCAUGGUCAUGGUCAUGGUCAUGGGCAUCAUGGUCAUGGUCAUGGGCAUCAUGGUCAUGGUCAUGGGCAUCAUGGUCAUGGUCAUGGGCAUCAUGGUCAUGGGCACGGGCAUCAUGGACACGGUCAUGGUCAUGGUCAUGGGCAUCAUGGUCAUGGCCACAGGCACAGGCAUGGAAACCCGUAUCCCCCUGGUUACCCCAAUCAUCCUCAGCAGAUGCCAGGAGGUUAUCCUAAUUGUCCUCCAGGCGCUGUCCCACCACCUCACGGCCCUCCUCAGCCCCAUGGCCCACAUGGAGGUCAUCCUGGGCACGGACCUGGCCCUGGUUAUGGACCUGGCCCUGGUUAUGGACCUGGCCCUGGUUAUGGACCUGGCCCUGGUUAUGGACCUGGCCCUGGUUAUGGACCUGGCCAUGGACACGGACAUGGACAUGACCAUGGACACGGACAUGGACAUGACCAUGGACACGGACAUGGACAUGACCAUGGACACGGACAUGGGCACAAGGACAAGCACAAGCACAAGCACAAGCAUGGUCACAAGCAUGACAAAUGUCACAAGAAAGGAAAGAAGACGCAUGGGUCCUCCAGCAGCUCCUGCAGCAGCGACUCUGACUAGAUGAAAAUUCUUGGAAGUGAGAGAGAGCUGAAACCUGGAAACCUUCAUCCUCCUAUCUUUUCAUCAUCCCACUGCCUACAGCUUCUUCAUGUAUAAACUUAAAAAUACAUUGUGUCAAUCUAAACUGACCUAACAAAAACCAUCUAGAUUUAUUGUUUAAAAAAAUGCUGAUUGUAAAAACAUGUAUUUAGCUUUAACAUUUUAAUUUUGCCACCUGAGAAUAUAGUUAUUGAUGGUUGUGCAUGUCAAAUGAACAACAUUUUGAAUAUAAUUUAUGAUGACUGUGACGUUCUAAUAUGGAAAAUGUGUAAACUUUGGUCUGAGACACAUUACAGACAUUGCAUUCAUGACUGUGUUUGCAAGAAAAAAAUAAAAAAGAUUUCUAUGCAUAGGCUGUUCUAGUACAA